AUGGAAGUUAUGGGAAAUUGAGGAGAGGGCGAUUCGGGAUUCGUUCCAGUAGUUUUGUUCCAAAUAAUUAUUGAUUUUUGAGUGAAUGGUGGAGUAUGGUUACAGAUAAAAUUCUCUGAGCUCACGAAGCUUCUAUUUCUUAAUUGUGAAAGAGAUAGAUCAAAACGACAAGAUGUUCACUUGCGAUAUUUGUGGGCAAAGUGGCCUAUCAGAACCAGAUAUGAAGACGCACAUGUUCUUUGUCCAUGAAGAGAAUGAGAAUAGCUGUCCAAUCUGCGAUUUAUCUGGAAUAAGUUAUGAUGAACUAAUGUUCCACAUGGAGACCUCUCAUGGUGAGGUGAAACCUGACGAUGGAAUGACAGUCUCUUCCAUUGAUCAAGAAAAGGAUCCUGAUUUUUCACUUCGAGCCACUAAAUGUAACAAGCCUCCAGAACAGAAAGUGUUUGAAGUGAAAGGGAAGGCAGAGCCAAAACCAGAAGAGCUUCAUGUGGCUUGUUCUGCAUCAGUUUCUAAUGGUGAGAGACUGUUUAAACAGAACAAUAGGAAGAGAGAACCUCGAAGGUUAAUACCAUCAGAAAAUGUCAACGGGACAUUUGCAGGAACAAUUUGGAUUCAGCCUGAGCACAAGCUACCUGACAAGAACAAUGAAGAAUUGAAAGACUAUCAACUUUGUGGCAAAUCUGAUGAAUCUGUAAUCUUUGGUUCCCCUGAAUGUCCUUUCUGUGGCCUAGUAGGAAGCUCUGGAGGAGACCUAAAUGACCAUGUGAAGAUCAAACAUGCAGCCAUGUUGGAAACACCUCAGAAAGGUUCUGCAAAGCACAGGCUGUAUUCGUGUCCCAUGUGUAAACUGGUAUUUGAAAACUGGCAGAUACUGCAGGAGCAUGUGGAGUUGCAUUUAAGCGAGAGCAGAGCUGAAGAAUGUGCAUUGGCCGAUCGUCAGUUUGCUCAACAACUACAGGAAGAGGAGAAUCAGCAAAGCAGGUUAUUUGAAACGAAAAGAGAGCAAGAGGAAUUUCAAAAGCUUCAGAAGCAGUAUGGAUUGGAUAAUCGUGGAGGGUACAAACAACAGACACUGGAAAAUAUGGAUAGGGCUGUUUGCCGGGGUGAAAUGAAACCUGCAGACUACCAUCGACGGAGAACAGAGGUUAUGGAAGCACUGGCAUUGGGGGAAGAUGAUGGCAGAACUAAGACGUUGGGUCUAAUGAGGGUGCUAAAUGAGUUUUAUCAGCAAAGUGGCACAGAUAUAAAGCAUGUGUAUCUGAGUGCCGAAACAGAUCAUUACCAUUCGUCGACAGGAGACAAAGGAUGGGGAUGUGGAUAUCGAAACUUUCAGAUGGUUCUCUCCUCACUUAUCAAGCUGGAACACUACAAGAGCCAUUUACAUGGCCAUGCGAUUCCCAUCAUUCCGAAAAUCCAGGCCAUGAUAGAAGAAGCUUGGAAGGGUGGCUUUGAUCCUCAAGGUGCCGCGUCAUUUGGAAGCAAACUGCAGGGCACUCGAGCUUGGAUUGGGGCAACAGAGAUCUACACCUUGUUAACCUUCCUAGGAAUAAAGUGUCAAAUUAUUGACUUUCACCAGCCCACUGGCUCAUCAGGCACUCAUCCUCGUUUAUUUGAGAGGAUAAGGCAGUACUAUUCUUCAGGCAGGGAUGGAGCGUUACGAUUGCAACCCAAGGUCAUAUGGACAAACAAACCACCAAUCUAUCUUCAGCAUCAAGGUCACAGUCGGACUAUCGUGGGCAUUGAAGAAAGGAACAAUGGAACACUUUGCCUGUUGAUUUUUGACCCCGGUAACCGAGAAAUCCAAAAACUUCUGCGCACCAAUCUGACCGGAACGAGUCUUAAAAUGAUUCGUAGAUUCAUCGGGAGUCUGAAGCACAAACAGUAUCAAAUUGUGACAAUAAGUGGUACUCUGUCAGUGGAAGAGAAAAACGCCCGUAAGCAUGCAUCAUCAGUGCUGUCAGCAGAAAGGGUGCCAUAGUGCAAUUCUCGGACCUAGAAUUCAGCAAGCAGUCUAUUUUUCAGGUUCCUUACAUUUCCUUUUACUUGAGUCAUAUGUAAAUCAUAGUUCACUAAUUCUGCUUUCAUUUUUGAUUUGUAAACAUGAUCAAUUUAAUUGGAGGUAAUAUAUUUUCUCUUAAUUUUGCGCAUUUCUUGUAAGAUUGGCAAUGUUGCCUAUGAGGUGUAAAGUAGGAUGUAGCUACUGAUAUCCCACAUGCUGAUGAACAUUUGUAAUUAAUAAUUUCACAAGUGCCGUUCAACAUUCUGCUAAUGUAGGAUUUUGGUCCUGGUUCUGCCUUGUUUUCAGUUGGAACUAUAAGCAUUUUUCUGAGACUUCCCUUGUGUAGAUAGAAUUAUGCUAUAGAAAAUGUGUCUCGAACAUCUAAGAGUAAAAAGGCUAAUAUAUCUAUUUUCCAGAUUGCUCCUGUGCACAUUUCGUUGCUCUUUUCUACUAUGUAAGUUAUUGCUAAUAAACAUUUUUUAAAGUACUCUGAAAGUUGAAAGUUAAUUUUCACUCUAGGUUACACUCAACAUUCCCUCUAAUUUUUUGUACAGCUGUGCGGACCAAACAUUCCUCUGAGCAGGAAACCUUUACGCAGCCUGAAAUUUGCAUGGCUCUUAAUUAUCUUUUACAAUACGCACAUCAAGCAAACACAGUCCGCAACUUACAACACAAGUAAACAAUGUCAGACAGGCAAAACAAUUGGCAGACACAAUGGUAAAAGUAAAAUGUUGACUAGAAACAUAGAAAACCUACAGCACAAUACAGGCCCUUUGGUCCACACUGCUGUACCAGAUAUGUACCUACUUUAGAAAUUACCUAGGGUUACCCAUAGCCCUCUAUUUUUCUAAGCUCCAUGUACCCAUCUAGGAGUCUCUUAAAAGAUCCUAUUGUAUCAGCCUCCACCACUGCCAUCAGCAGUCUAUUCCACGCACUCACCACUCUCUGCGUAAAAAACUUACCCCUGAUAUUUUCUCUGUACCUACUUCCAAGCACCUUAAAACCCUCUCGUGUUAGCCAUUUCAGGCCUGGGAAAAAACCUCUGACUAGCCACACGAUCAAUGCCUGUCAUCAUCUCAUACACUAGUUUGCAUUGGCGUUCAGCGGACCAGUGGUCUGUUCACUUCCAUUCUGUGUUUAUCGUUAUAAUUUGUAACAGUGUUGUAAUUUUAAACACUGACAAUGUAAAUACUUUGUAGCUCUAAAGCAGCGGUCCCCAACCACCGGGCCGCAGAGCAUGUGCUACCGGGCCGUGAGGAAACGACAUGAAUCAGCUGCACCUUUCCUCAUUCCCUGUCACGCACUGUUGAACUUGAACAUAGGGUUGCCAACUGUCCCAUAUUAGCCGGGACAUCCUGUAUAUUGGGCUAAAUUGGUUUGUCCCAUGUGGGACUGCCCUUGUCCCGUAUUUCCCCCGCUAAGGUAGAGGGUUUCUAUGAAACUUUUCGUGCCGAAAUGGCGUGAAGCGAAGAAGCAAUUACCGUUAAUUUAUAUGGAGAAAAUUUUUGAGCGUUCCCAGACCCAAAAAAUAACCUAACAAAUCAUACCAAAUAGCACAUAAAACCGAAAAUAAUACUAACAUAUAGUAAAAGCAGGAAUGAUAUGAUAAAUACACAGCCUUUAUAAAGUAGAAAUAAUGUAUGUACAGUAUAGUUGGGAAGAUGAAGGCAAAACCGAUCUAUGGGGGAAAAAAUCGGCACGUACGCACAUGCGCACAUACACACGUCAUGCAUGCGCACAUAGGUGCCCGCGCAAGGCUUCAUGGUCAUGGUAGUCUUUCCUGGGGUAAAGUGUCCCGGGAUUUGACUGCUACUUUUGUCCCUUAUUUGGGAGUGAGAAAGUUGGCAAAUCUAACUGUAAAAGACAUGUUGUGGUGAGUUUAACCCUACUUGAACAGCCCCCCCGCCCCGGUCGGCCGGUCCACAAGAAUAUUGUCAAUAUUAAACCGGUCCGCAGUGCAAAAAAGGUUGGGGACCCCUGCUCUAAAGUAAAGGUUUAGAUGAGGAGAGAAGACACUCAGAUUACUCUGCUGUACCAUUCGUUUUACAACCGGUAUUUGAUGCAUUUACCAAUCAGUGCGCUAGAGAUCUGGGGUCUUAUUACGAAUGACUAUCCGUACAAUGUUUACUUGUCAUUGAAGCUGGAGUUUUCGGAGGCAGAUGUGGGAGUAGCUGAGGUCCUUGGUACAUUAGUGUUGGUUUGUCCGGACCCGGUCGAGAAAGGUGGAGCUUCAAUUCUUGUGGGGACGAAUACGCCUGUUGUGAGGAGGCUAGUGGGAGCCUGCAAGAAGAAAGUUGGAGAGAGCUUUCUGAAACCAUUGUCCAUUCACCCUGUGUUCCAAGCUGCUUUCGAGGAAGUGCAUGGCCGCAUUGGGCUGGAUGAUGAGCAGAAACGAGGGACUGUGUGGUACACCCAGUCCAAACCAGUCGUGUUACAGCCCGGGGAAGUAGCUAGAGUGACAGGAACCCCAAAUUUCCCAGAAUGCCCGAUGCUGAGGCCCUCUUGGUGGAUGUUCCAGAAGACCACGAAGAGGAGUCAUGCUUACCUGCUGGGAUACUGGUGAGGCGCGAACUGCAGAAGCUGUUGGUUGUAUCGGUGAUGACAGUGAUUGUCAGGAACACUUCAGAGAAGGAGGUCACCCUCAGGCGGAGGAUGCCAGUGCUGCACCUCUUUCGGUGAUAGUAAUGUCUACAGUCCCUGUAAGACAAGCUGGGGAGAAACUCUCUCCAAAACAAAAGGGAAGUUGACUGCUGAGCCAUUCAACUUUGGGGUCUCUUCGGUUCCUGGAGAUAGAAACAUAGAAAACCUUCAGCACAAUACAGGCCCUUCAGCCCAUAAUGCUGUGACGAACAUGUACUUACUUUAGAAAUUACCUAGGGUUACCCAUAGCCCUCUAUUUUUCUAAAGCUUCAUCUACCUACCCAGGAGCCUCUUAAAUGUAUUGUAUCUGCCUCCACCACAGUUGCCGACAGCCCAUUCCACACACUCACCACUCUCUGCGUUAAAAUAAAACUUACCCCUGACAUCUCCUCUGUACGUACUUCCAAGCACCUUAAAACUGUGCCCUCUUGUGUUAGCCAUUUCAGCCCUGGGAAAACGCCUCUGACUAUCCACAUGAUUGUCGGCUGGUGGCAUUGUGGCAUCAGCGUCGGACUUUGGAGUGAAGGCUCCCGAGUUCAAAUCCAGCCGGCUCCCUUGCACGCUUUCCAUCCUUGCUGGGUUGAGCGUCAAGCUAGCAACUCGGCUUCGUAAAAAUAAGAAAGCCUGCUAAAAAAAAAAGCCACCAUGAUGGUGUCCCGAUGACUCGACCCGGAAUUAAGGGCUUUCUUCUUCUUCUUAUCCACAUGAUCAAUGCCUCUCAUCAUCAGGUCACCCCUCAUCCUCCGUCGCUUCAAGGAGAAAAGGCCGAGUUCACUCAACCUAUUCUCAUAAGGCAUGCUCCCCAAUCUAGGCAACAUCCUUAUAAAUCUCCUCUGCACCCUUUCUAUAGUUUCCACAACCUUCCUGUAGUGAGGUGACCAGAACUGAGCACAGUAUUCCAAGUGGGGUCUGACCAGGGAUCUAUAUGGCUGUAACAUUACCUCUCAGCUCUUGAACUCAGUCCCACGGUUGAUGAAGGCCAAUGGACCGUAUGCCUUCUUAACAACACAGUCAACCUGUGUGGUUAAGAAGGCAUUGGAAGAGGAGGUCGAUUGGCUCUUAUUCGUUCAGGGAGCAGACCGAUUAAGUUAUAUUCUGCAAAUUUCUAUGACAUACUAACAGAUAAAUACACAUGGCUAAGGACAAAGUAAAAUUCAUUUCUUUUAAUGUCAGUG